CAACUGGCUUCAUUGGCAACAGCAAGUGGAUUAGGCCACGCAUCCAAUAUUUCUUCAGUUUUGCUAUUUUAUACAGCGGCGUAUGUCACCUUUUGUGCCCUCUGGCAUCAGGAUAUGUGGGUCUGGUUGUUUAUGCUGUCUUCUCUGGUUUGGCUUUUGGGAUGGUUUCUGCUCUGCUCUUUGAAGUUCUGAUGGAUCUUGUUGGAGCUCAUCGCUUCUCCAGUGCGGUUGGGCUUGUCACCAUUAUGGAGUGUGGACCAGUGCUUCUUGGACCUCCAAUUUCAGGAGCCUUGGUGGAUAUUUCUGGGGAAUACAAAUACAUGUACUAUGCAUGUGGAUUAUUUAUGCUGGUGCCCGGUAUAUUCCUCUUCAUCAUGCAUUACUACAACUACAAGAAACUGGACGAGGAGCAGAGGCAGAGUGUGGCUGUGGAAAUGAAAACUUCUGAAGAGACAGUAAAACUUCAAAUAGGCCCGGAUGAUAAAACAGCACAUGAAGCAGAUAGAUGAACCUGCUGAUCAUGAUUUUAUUUUUCUUGGAAACAGAAAGAUGAUACUGCACAGAUUUUAC